CCCGUCCAACUACCUCCAUGCCGGCAUGCCUACCGCCUAGCAGAGUUAGCUGUCCAUUUCAAUUUCACAGACGGAACAAUUUUCCUACGUCCUCUGGCCAGUGGAGAGGCACACACAUUCCCGUAGAGCAAUUGGGCAAUACCAACAACACAAGGAUCAAGGAGUCGUCAUGUCCGUCGGUUUGACGCAACGAAAGAAGGGCGGCACCGAAGUCGUCGACGAUGAGGCAACGUCGUCGAGUUCCAACCCACCGUCCCACCAAUCGUCCACGGACGAUUUGAAAGGCAUGCAAAAGCCGUCGACAGUCCCGCGCAAGUCGCUCAAGGAGCGCUCUCAGAUUCCUUACAGUAUGUACGUUAUCUACGGCACCAUAUUUGCGCUUGAAUUCUACGGUGGUGUCUAUCGCGUCGAGACGUUGCAAAGCUGGUGGCGGUCCAUGGCGACCUCGGCUAGCACGUGCGUUGCACUCUUGGGUUACACGCGCGACUUGACCAAGACUGCCGUUGACGGGGAAUAUCAGGAUUGGCAGGAAUAUGCACAAACGGGUGUCAUCUUUUCGCUGGUCUUGUCGCUCCUCUACGUGUUCUUCGUCGCACCGUUUCGGGCCGGAUUAUGGACCGGAACCAGAGCCCGUCGGCACAAGAUCCAUCGAUACAUGGGGCUCAUGUAUCUCGUACAGUACACAUUUGCUUGGGUCGAAUAUUUUACCGAUUACGACAACGCUGCCAAAAGCUUUUUACCCCAUUUCAUUGCCCUCAAUGGGAUUAUCCAAGGAACAUCGGCCUACUUUUCGUUCAAGGUUCUACCCGAUCUCAUCGAUGCUGGAUACUACUCCGACAAAGCUGUGCUGUCACGUAACUUUGUUCACGAAAAUCUCUUCUUUUCGCUCAUGUCCGUAUGGGGAUCCAUCUACUACAAUACCCCUGUCCGAUCUAUUAUGCAGACACACUUGGGAGGUAAGCUGGUGGAAGGAAUAUAUCUCUUCUUUCCCUACAUUCUCGUGAGGACAUGGUUUCCCGUGACACGCUUCUCCAACACUGGUACAACCUACAAGGGUCGCUCCGAGAGCAACAAACGCUUCUACGAAAUUGGGACCUUUACAGUCAAGAUUUUCUUUCUCUGGGCCAAGUACUUUUGUGGAUUCUUCAUCAACUGGCUCGUCUACCUCGAUCUCGUUACUACUGAACAGUGGAAAUUCCUGCAUGGUCUAUUCUUGCUCAACCUUGGCACCGUCAGUUUGGCGGUGUUCUUACACACGCUGCGGUUCAAAAAGGUGCUUCCGGCCAAAUUUACCUUUUCGUUGUACUUGGUGCAAAUAUAUUUGACCUUCACUGCCAUUCCGCUGGCUUACGACAUGUUUGCCUCCCAUCCGAACCUUUGCGCACUCUGUGCCUCGGGAAUUCUGUGCAACAUGACACGAAGCCGCAAGAUUCACGGCUUGUGGUGUCUAGCCUCCCUAUACCUCUUGACACAAACCGAUAUUUCGUGGUAG